AUGUCCGAAUCGGAUCCACAAAUGCAUGAAUCUCAUCUACAGUUGGGUGAUAACUUACACGAAGCUGUGUUAGCUGUGCACUCCGGUCUAGAUGGUCUGAUGUCCUGUCUACGAGCUACUUCCAUUCAAGCUCACCAAGAUCCCGUCGUUUCCACAUUGUUGUCCGUUGGUACACAACUACCCGCUACCCUCGGCGAUGGGAUGGCUCUGGUCGGAAAGGCCUCUGCACUCGCUUCCGCCACCUCCAGAUUGAUGGCGGAUUUGCGUACUGAGGCUUCCAUGGAGCACAGUCAAACCGGACUGUCUCCAGCGGAGGCUAAAUUGCGUGCCGAUUUGUUGGAAGAAGAAAUCCAGCGUUUAAUUUCUGCCGCUCAGGAAUGCGCUGACGGAAACGCCCAGUCAUUAGAACAUCAACAGAUGGUUGUUGCAGCCGCUCAGCAACUGGUUGCCACGGCACAUGCGGCCGCAGCUCCACUAAUCCGAGCACGAUUAACUCAAGGAUUGGAAUUCGCAACUCGUCUAACCGCCUCUAAUGUAGGCCCCUUGGUCACUGUUGGAGGGGAGGUUGUGCGUAUCUGUCAGGGAAACACGUACAAGCUGGCCACAGAUUUGGAACAACUCCAAAAACGAGUGAUGCCGAAGGUAAAUCUAUCGUGCUCGGAGGCUCGUACGGAACCGUAUAACACGAAAAAGCAAGCCAGUCUUCUGGUCGCCUCACAAAAUUUGAUGCAGUGUUUGGAAGAUUUGUUACGGCAGGCUGACGCUGUCGUACCGACCAUUCCGGACGCCGGUAUUCAAUCCGCUUUUAGUGGGGCUGCACGCAACACACAGGCUUGCUUGACCGAUUUACGACUAUGCUACACCAACUCAGAACAAGUUCUAAACACCGAACCGCCCAAACUGGAUCAGUUAAACUCGGGCAAACCAAUCAGUUUACCCACUCCCACAACCAAUGGUCAAAAGGAUAGUGAAUAUUGGGCGGCAACUUUCACAAAAAUUAACGAACGAUUGGACAGUCUGAGCCCCGAAUUACGCAACAGUACUCACCGACUAUUGCCAGAUGAAACGGCCAAUGCAUAUCCGGACGGUGUAAAUAGGAACUGGCGUAAACUGCCUCCUUUCGUGUCUCGUGUGGUGCAAGGACAAUCGGGCCGUUCCGACCAAGGAGCUCGUUGGACUGAGUCAUUGACUACGGUGAACGAGUUACUAGAUCAUUUGAGCGCGUUGAUACACGGAGUCCGCGGACUGGCCGGCUUUCUUGCGGCCUCGGCCAACUCAAACUCUAUGGAUUCCAAUUUGGCGCGCAUAUUCCUCGUCUCACACGGUCUGUCUGCUAAACGACAGAGCAGCAUCUCCGGCUGUUCAAGUCCUACGGAUAACGCAAGUGCAUCGUAUUCAGGGUUUACAAGUACUGAGCAACAAGCUCAAGCUACUGCAGAGGAAAUGCUUCGAAAUUUAUUAUCGAUCGGCGAGUCCUGUGUAUCAGAUGCUGGCCAACUGAUUGCUUGGGCGUUACAGGAUGAACCGGUCCAGGCAUUGAGUGAUGACACCAGUGAGGCAGCUCUUUUGGCGGAACAGUUGACAACCUCGGUCAAUGCCAUUUUGGGCUACGUGCCUGGUGAGGUGAUUGUUCGUCGUUUGAUCGCUUUGCUGGACGACACCAGCUCAAUGCUCCAACCCGAUAUCGCCUCCCAAGGUACCCUGGGACGAAAUCAAUCGAGCAACGGUCAUCGUACUUCAUCACCUCCACCGGCAAUUCCCCCACGUCAUGUGUUUACUCAGAUUCCGGAUCACUCUGUGUACGCCAAAAUUGCCAGUGCUGCUCGUCGCAUGGCUAAAAUUUGUCUGGACGCCAGCUGUCAGUUAACCGAAAGGACCAACAGGCCACGUUCGCAACAGAAUGGUGAUGGAACUAAAACAUCUGGUAGUAGCAGUGAGGUUGUCCGUCUCGCCCAUAUCACCGAUCAUAUUACAUCGGCUUUGGCUGAGGUCAUUCGAGCCGCUGGUGGUCGCGGAGGCACUCAGAUUGAAACAAUCGGUCAUUUGUUGGAUGGAUUAACUAAAGUGGGACCGCCAGUUGCUGUGGGGUUACGGUACGCCAUGCAUACGGUGAACACCAAUGCUGCUGAGAUUGAUUACGACCAACCGAUACCAGAUCUUCCCUUGGGUCAGGCUAUCCUUCAACUGCGUGAUUGGGCUGUGGAGCUCAGUUUGCAAGCAGACACAAAGGCAGCCAGCAGUGCGGAGAAGAACAAUGAUCGUACUUCCUGGGCUGUUACUAUGCCGGACACCCACGAAACCGAAGCGAUGGCUCAAAUGCGUGGUCAGUGCGAGGCCGCAGUGCGUCGCGUUGCUACCUUGAUUCAGCCUUCCGCUAUCUCCGCAGAAUCCAAGUCCACAACUGGCUCCAACUCACCACUACCUUCGCUCAGUUACUGUGCCAUUCGACUACCCGUGAACAAUGACACUUACUCGGAUUGCUUGGACCACGUAUCGAAUAUUGAUCAGGACAUGAAAUCAUUCAUGGAUGCAAUACCACAGGCUGCUGUCAAACAUGACGUCGAAAAGUUCACCGAUGCUGUAAAGUCUGUGGCGCAUGCUACCUGUCAGUUGUUACAAGUCACAAAUCAAGCAGCCUAUCUAGUCAGUGCCUCUCAUCCGGACUCCAAACCCGGACAUGUGAGCUUAUUCGCGAAGAGCGAUCAACUGACCGCAUUGCAUGAUCAUAUUGCUGCUGUCCGGAAAGGAGUGAGCGAAUUAAACAACAGUCAACUGUCUGUUACACCGGAUGGUCUGUUGUCCCUAGAGAUUAUGAAUAUUGCAAACAAUGUGGCUCAGCGUGCCACGCAAUUGUGCCAAUCGACACGUCCGUUACUGGCCGAAUGCAAGAGCUCUGCUGAGAAGAAAGCCAUGGCCGAGUCACUGGAGCGAGUUGCUCGAGAUGCAUCCUCGGUGUCAAAUAUCGUACAAUCAGUCAGAACAGUCUCCACACCGGAUUCAGCCACGGCUUUCAGUCAACUGAAAUCACGGGCCAAUCAGCUGGAAGAGACAAUCGAUCAGUAUGCUGAAAUUCUUCUCCGCGCGGCCGGUGGAUCCCCGUCGCAAGUAGCCGAGAAAGCUCUGGCUCUGCAAGCACCACUUCUGGGGUCCGGUCAAACUGUGGCUCGGCACAGCUCAGAGCUUCUCACUCAUUCACAGCAGUUGAUUACGACGGACAAAACCGCGUUCGCGAAUGCUUCCGAUCAGUACUCACAUUCCCAACAAGCUUUGUCUACUUCUGUCGCUCAGUUGAAAGAUUUGUUGAGUCAAAUGAAGCCGGGUGUGGACGCUUGCCAAUGGGUCAGAGAGGUGAUCGAAAAUCUGUUAUCGGAAAUGGACAACACAUUACUCCAUUUGACCCCUAACAAAAAGCCAACCACAACUGCCCUGAUAACCAAUUCACAGCGCGUCGAAAGUUCCCUAGCCCUGAUACGAUCCUGUGUACACCAGAUCGAGCAGCAAACGGUGGAGGCGGUCGAGAAUUGGCAACAUGGACACUGGGAAUUGAUGGCCCACAACGUUCAAGAUAUGGGCACCUAUCUGCCCAACUUGGUCAAGGAAUGCACACGAUGUGCCGUCAGCCUUGUGCAGGCCGCGGAGCAAACAAGUUUACUCAGUCUCACCCGCACCGUUUUGGAAGCUGAACAGCAAGUGGCCGAGCACUUGUCUUUACGUAUCAAAGAUAAAAACGUGAGCGAGUUUAUGAAGAUUUUCUCUUUAAUAAUGACGCCAGUCUUUUUUGAUUACGUGGUCUCCUGA